ACGGCGGGCAGCCGGAAGUGGUUCCUACUUCCGCCGGGCAGGAAGGCAGCGGGGAGGCAACAUGUCUGACAACGAGGACAACUUUGACGGGGACGACUUCGACGAUGUGGAGGAGGAUGAAGGGCUGGAGGACCUGGAGAACGCGGAGGAGGAGGGACAGGACAACGUGGAAAUCCUCCCGUCAGGAGAGCGGCAGCAGGCGAACCAGAAGCGGAUCACUACCCCCUACAUGACCAAAUAUGAGCGAGCCAGAGUCCUGGGCACUCGUGCCCUCCAGAUAGCGAUGUGUGCCCCUGUGAUGGUGGAAUUGGAAGGAGAGACAGACCCCUUGCUGAUUGCCAUGAAGGAACUCAACUCCCUUUAUCAGUGCCAAAAGCUCCUUAGGUCAUAUUCCUGUCAGAUCUCUGAGCUCACUCUGAGUCGCUUCUGGUCACUGUCUGAGCACGAGCUCUAGAAAGUAAGUCAGAGUGUGACAAAAUGUAGUGGCAUCCUGGCAUCCAUCUGCCAAAAUUCAGUUGUAAUUCUUGGCAUGAGGGAGCUGGUUUGCUACUGGGAAAGCAAUGGCCCUGAAUGUGAUCAUUAAAGAAGUUGUAUUACUUUUCAAGUCUGAUAUGGUUGAAACCUGAUGCCCUGGUUAGAUUCCAGGCUGUCUGAUUACAUUCUGCUGACUUAAAUCUACUUCCAUUAAGUUAAAGUGUGUUCAGCACUUUCUUGCUUUCUAAUUGGAAGCACUGUUAGCAGAUGCUGUGCUCCACCCCAGCUGUACUGGGUUUUGGUACAUGAAUAGUCCAUAUUUCAUAUAUCCCUCUUAAAAUGUAACUCAUGCUCUCAGGGUGCAAAAUACUCUGUAAAUGCCGGUUUGAAAUGAAGGUUCUCAGAAUUCUGCCACUUUUUGUAGUGUCUUGUGGGGAAAAAUCUUUCAUCAAACAAGAAGUGGAUUUGUUCUUCAAGUCCCUUGAAAUUUUUUUCCCUGUAUCUAUUUUAGAUGCUUGAUGUUGUCUCAUAGUGGGUUCAGAUCACAGGGCCCAAUUCCUGCAGUAGCAACAGAGGGCUCAACCUCUGUAGGCCUUUGGUUGUUUCACGUCUAAGGGUGCUCAGUGCUUUACACCUACAAAAGAAAGAAGGUUGUUGGGACUUCCCUUUACUAUGAAAUCACUGGUGCCACACGGGUGUCUCAGUUAAACCUGAUGAGCUUACUGAAGCCACCAAACACCUCAGUUCCCAUUGCAUGCUGGAGUGGUAUAGAGAUGGCUCUGGCAUUUCUGUUCACCUCUGU